AUGACGCCGCGUUUACGUAGUGAUAGUGAGACCUCAAGCGAUUCAUGGUCUAUUGUUGAAGAUGGGGCACAUGAUAUUGUCGAAUUCUCUGCGCAAUCGGAUGAUUCCGACAUUGAGGAUCAAAAUGAACAAAUCGUCGAAGAGCCGAUCAGCGACAACGAGAAUCAAGAAAGCGAUGUGACACAGUACAGUUCAGAAGAGGAUGAUCGGUACGAAGAUGAGGAAGGAGAGCAAGAAGAAUUCAAAAUUCAAGAGUAUGCAGAAGAUCGCCAAAAUACCGACGAUGACGAAGAUUCCGAUGAUGAAGAGGAAGAUGAGGAAAAGGUGGAGGAAGACGAGAAUUGUGAUGAUGAAGAGGAGGAGGAAAGCGAAAGCGAGGAUGAGAUAGAGGAUGAAAAUGAAAUUCCGGACAAUGUUCUUGAUGAGAUUCCAUCGUUGUUCGUGGCACUUUCGGAGCUCAAGAUUCGUCCACUUGUGCUCUUCACCUCUAUUCUCAUUGUUUUCCUACCUGUCCUUAUUACCCGCCAGGGUGUGCUCUUCCGCCACCCAUCACCGGAUGUCGAACCCAGCCAGCAGCGCUGGGUUUCCGCUAUCGCAGCGGAGGGCAGUAGGAGAUUUCUCGCAUGGAUGCGACACCAAUUUCAGACAAAUCCCUAUAAGCAUAAAGAACCCGAUUUUCCCUAUAAGAAGUUAACUGAGGAAAUGAAGAGGAAAGAGCGAGAAAUGAACCAAAUUCGAAGAUCGAAAAAGUGGGAUUUUUUGUAUAGCGGAAACUACACAAGCCAGAUGACUCCGACAACUUCGUUCUUCAAACCCAUAGCUGAGCCAGUUCCACCAUUGAACAUUUGCGAACAAAAACCACGAAAAAACUUGUCGAUUACUCCUCAGCAGAAAGAAAGUGACCGAAGAGUAUUGCAUCAGAUGCGAGCAUUUUCUCGUUUGGUCACUCCAACGAUUUUCAAAGCUCACGAAGUCAAGACGAAGGCUGUUCAGACCCUAUUCAGACCGAAAUAUCGCCCACAAAUCCAAUACAAAACGCCAAUUCCGUGUGUUGUUCCAACACAAAAGCCAAGCAAAUAUUCGCAAAAUGAUUGGUACAGCGAACGCAAUCGUGUUCGAGCCAAUCUUCGCAAACACUAG